CAAUAACAAGAGGCAAUUCACCAACAAGCCGGAAGCACAUGCUGGUGCGCUGCUGCUAGAGAUUGUUUGUGUUUUGACAUGAAUACACACUCUCACAGCUGAGUGGCGUUUAAGAGAAAUAAAGUUGCGAUCACCUACAUAGAAUGGCAGCUACUGUAGAAGCGCCUUUCCCAGCGGAGCAGGACUCUGCGCGUAGCGGGACUGAAGAGGAGAACCGCGGGGCGGAGGUGGAGGAGAAGAGCCAGCAGCAGCAGACAGGCUCCUCCGGGCCCGCCGUGCCUCACAGCCGCCUGUCCAAACUCCCGCUGGCCCGCAUCAAAGCUCUGAUGAAGACCGACCCAGACGUGUCCCUCGCCAGCCAAGAGUCCGUGUUCAUCAUCGCUAAAGCCACGGAAUUGUUUGUUGAGAUGAUUGCCAAAGAUGCUCUUGUGUACGCCCAGCAAGGAAAGAGGAAAACAUUACAAAGAAAAGACUUGGACAAUGCUAUCGAGGCCAUAGAUGAGUUUGCUUUCCUAGAAGGUACGCUAGAUUAAAGAGUCAUUUCUGCCAUCAUACAAGAACCUUCCUUUGCAGAAGCAGCUGACGACAUUCAGUGUUUAUUGACAGCUUUUUAUAUAUAGCUGAUUCCUUUGGAUUUCUUUUAACUGUGAUGUGUAUAUUCUUCUGUAAAUAUCUGGGUAAUUCUAAAAUACAUUGAAAUAAAUUUUAUGUUUUAAACAGCA